AUUCGAGUCCAGCUUUGUGCCAUACCUGUCUCCCUCCUCGGGUGUGCAGCUACAGGUUUCGGAUUAGGGUUUAAAAGUGCAAACUUCAAACCUGGGUGGGGGGAGACAUAUGCGAAGGUAUGCAAUAUUGCCCUCAUCCCGAUGUCCAUGAGCCUUACCAAGAUCUCUUUAUGCCUUACUUAUCUCCGCCUUUUCCCUUCCCGGUCCAACAAGAUUUUCUGCUGGACCGCCAUCGUCUACUGCGUUGCUUGGGCUAUCGCGUCAAUCUUUGUUCUGAUCUUCGCAUGCAUACCUGUUGCGGCCGUAUGGGAUAUCUCGAUUGUUGACAAGAAGUGUAUCGAUUUCCGCGCCGCACUUCUCUCGUUCGCUGCCCUCAACAGUCUCAGCGACUUCCUCGUCUUCCUUUGGCCCACCCGCUCCUUGUGGAAUAUCCAGCUCCCUCUCAAGCAAAGAGUCGCCCUCAUUCUCGUCUUUGCCGUCGGCCUCAUCGUCUGCGUCGCCGGGAUAUGCCGCAUGUGGUACUUUCUCGUCUACCUCAACUCCCCAAAUCCCUACUGGGAAGCCUCCGUUCUCUGGUGUUUGUCUAGUACUGAGGUCGACCUCGGAAUCAUCUGUGGUUGUCUCCCGGGGACCAAACCGUUCUUCUCGCGCUUCUUCCCCAGCUUCCUCCGCUCCUCGCAACGGUCAGCUUCCGGCCCCACCGGGCGCACCCACUUCUCGCAGUCGUUCCCGUUCCAGUCCCUCCCUGGUAAGGAUAGCAAAGGUUCACGCGUGCACACGAGCCGCGUCGACAGAAACUCGAAACGCGGUGGCGACAAGGCUCAUUUCGCGUGGGCGUCUGGGCCUGGGAUUGAUGCUGAGGAAGACGAGGGAAGGCUUGUCGUUCAGAAGGAUGGGAUCCAGGUUAGUGAGGAGGUUACGGUCGAUCAUGGCCCCAGGACGCUGAGUAAAGAUGGCGACGCGGGAAGUGGGGAGUGGAUCAUCAGCGAUCCGAGUUCGAAGAGUUCGUUGCCAUGA